UAUAUAUUUUACAUUUAGUGACAACAACCCUCCCUUACAAAGCUGCAUUAUUAUUAUUAUAUAUAUAUAAUUUUUAUCCUCUUCUGUAAUUUCACUUAGAGACAAAUGUGCAUAAACCUGUCCAUUUUUUAUAAUAAAAUCACAACUUCAAUCAUCACUACUGGCAAAAUUACCUGCAUAUUUCAGUUUUGCUAUAAAUCAUAGUAUUUACAUUAAUUCAAUUAUUAAUUUGAUAUGUAGACUACAGAAUGGAAAUGGUAUGUGUGUUUAUUUACCCGUACACAUGAUGCAACUCGAACUCACUUUCACAGUCAUGUCAAAGUGACCUGCAUUCUCAAAGUGUCUAGAGAAAGCGGGUCAGGACUAAAUAUAUACUCGAGGACCUGCAAAAACAAACUCAGUCUGUAUUUUGCUAUGCUGAAUGGUGCUUGACUUUGCGUCAGAUAGGUUAUCAAACUUUCAGAUAGAAAUAGAGUUAAAACUUGUAGUAGCAGCCAGUUUUAUAACUCCUCGACAAGACUUCAGUUCUUGUUCAUGUGUAUGUCUUUGUAAACUCUGAACCAUAAUGGAGUACAUUGAACAAACGGAUGAAGAUCAGCUCAUUGAGUAUGCUAUUCAAUUGAGCCUCCAAGAUGCUUGCGGCUUCUCUAUUUUGAAUAACCCACUAAGCACAUUAGAAACAGUCAUCGAUGAAAACCUCAAGAUUUUAUCUGCAAUAAAGCAAGGUGAUGUUCUUGCACUAAAGCAACUGCAUAAGUGCAGCAAAGCCUUUAAGGAAAGAGACAGCAGGGGUUGGCUUCCUUUGCACAGAGCUUCAGUCCAGCCAGAUGCACAUGUGCUGGAUACUGUCCUUAUGGCAUCCUAUGAGCUGAGUAUGGAGGAGGUGACAGGUGAUGGAGAGACCGCUCUGACUCUGGCUUCUCAAGCAGGAUAUUUGGAGAACGUGAAGGUUCUGCUCCAGCACGGAGCUUCUCCACAUAACACCAACAGCAAUAAUGAGACUCCACUUCUUCUGGCUGUAAGGACAGGCUCCUAUGAUAUGGUUGAAACGCUCAUUAUGGGAGGAGCCUUUGUGGAGCAGGUGUGUUUAAAGAAGUGGACAGCCACCCAUGAGGCCGCAAAGGUGGGCUGUGCAGACAUCCUAAUGCUGUUGCUGAGACACGGGGCAAAGAUCAUGGGUCGGGACGGGCAUGGGGUUACACCAAUGGGUAUCGCUGCAGAGUACGGCCACGCUGAUAUACUGGCUAUCCUCAUCCAAAACGGGGGCGAUGUUACCGCUCAAGCUUCCAAUGGAGACAGUGUGCUAUAUGAUGCAGCAGGCUCUGGAAACCUGGACUGCAUUGAUCUCCUCUUACAACACGGCGCUAGUCCUAACGUAGCCAGCCUUUGCUCUCAACUUCCCAUUCACCGUGCAGCCUAUGAAGGGCACUAUCUAGCUCUGAGGACCUUCAUUCCCAUUACCACUAAAAGAGCCAUUCGUUUAUCAGGGAUGAGUCCAGUUCAUUCUGCAGCGGACGGAGGUCACGUUGACUGUCUAGAGCUGCUGAUCGAGAAGGGCUUUGAUGUCAACCCCAUCCUAGGCUGCCAUAUCUCUGAAAACUACGGUGACAUGAGGAAAACUCCGCUGUACUUUGCCAUCUGCAAUGGAGAUGUCACCUGCACAGAGCUGCUUCUGAAAGCAGGUGCGAAAACGGACCUGGACCCUCUGCGCUCCCUCUUGGUGGCAGUCAGGGCUGGGAAUUACGAAUUGGUGCGGUUGCUUCUUGCCCACGGGGCGGACGCUAACUGCAUCUUCUCUGUCAUCAGUGACACAAUAUUUCCCACGGCAUUGCAGUACUGCCUCAAGGAUGAAAUGAUGCUGCGUCUGCUCCUUAACAACGGUUACCAAGCAGAGAGCUGUUUCGAGUGUUACCAUGACAACUGUGCAGCAACAUACACAUGGGCAGAGUUUCAUAGCCAGACGUACGAAAUCAAGUGUAAUCCGAACAAAGUAACUUUUUGCGAGUUCAUUAGUGUGGUAUCGGUGGCGCAUUUGGCGGGAAGAGUGGUCCAAACUCUCCUGGAUUACGUGAGUCACGUGCACAUUUGCUCCACCCUGCAACAUAUUCUGGAGAAGCAGGAGGAGUGGCCCGACAUCUGUGACAUCCUCCGAAACCCAAGGCCCCUGAAACACCUGGCCAGGCUGGUUAUCAGGACACAGAUGACACUCAGAAGACUGAACAAUCCAGAGUUCAUGCGCACUGUUCCUUUCCCCCCAGCACUGAAGAACUAUCUGAUUUACAAAGAAUAUGAUGUUUAUGGUCAAAUUGUAGAACAUUAGAUUCUAGGUAAAGGACGAGUAAUUGUUUUCUUCCUCUUAAUUAGUUUUGUAUAUGUAUUUGAUUUAGAUUUCUUUUACUUGGAUGAAAAUGUUUUGUAACAGUCAAAUUAUGUAGUAAUAUGAUUAAGGUUUGUUUUUAAAUAAUAUCAUGAUUAUAUCAGUUUCAUAAGUUAAUGGGUGAAUCUCACAAAACCUGUCAAGAACACAUCCAGGUCUCAUUUCACCCUUAAUAUUGAAGCCUAUUGUAGAACAAUUAAGACUUUAAUGAUAAUUGACAGUUUUCGUGAGAUUCACCCUUACAGUCUACAGUGCGCAAAUAUAUAUUCUGCAUCUAAUAAAUCUCUUAGACCUGAAACAGUUUGACAACACAAUUUUUAUAGAAAAGUCACUUGCUGACAUUUUAUAUUUAUCACAUGCUAAAACAUGUCUGAUAAUAAAUGUUACUCUGUUUCUUUAACCAUAACAAUAUGACAUAAAUUUCAAAUUUGACCACACGUUGAGAAAUAUCAUCAAUCUUGGCCCUGGUCCAACAACACACUUACAGAUCUUACAAAAGCUUGUGUUGCUAGUGCCCCUUGUUAUUAAAGCAACAACAUUCCUGCUCUGUCAACGCCUGCCGGCGACGCCAGUGAUACAGUGCACAUUGUGUUCCUGUCAUACACACAGAUCAAGCCUCGCUCCAUCCAGGCUGAGUGGUUGUUUGGAUCCAAUGGGACAACAAACAGCUUAUCUAACAUUUGACACUUGGACCAAAACUGAGCAUUACACACACUGGCCUGACCUAAGAGACUAUGGCUUUCAAAAUCCAUAAAUAUCUAACCAUUAGUCUACAUUCAGAUUCACAACUUUCCAAGCAGGAUUUAAUAGUAUGACGUCUACAUUGAUAAAUGCAGUAAUAAAGCACAUUUUUAUCCUGAUGAUAUCAAAAGCAAAAUGAGACCAGUAAAAGGCGAGGAGCGAAGAGGAUUUUUCAAAUCCACACAAUGUUUCAUGCCAGGCCGAUAUCAGCUCUUGAGAUAAUCUGCCCCUCACUAUUAGCUCUGUGAAGUGUUCCAUGAGCUCUAUGUGGUAUUUUUGGCACAUAUGAAAAAAACUAAAAGCACCAAAAGGCAUUCUGGGUAGUCAAAUUCUAUACAUAACCAGACGUAGUGAGUAUAGGGGAGACCAGGAAUUGUUGUCACAUUUUUGCUCCAAUUAAUAUUUCUCAGGUCCGUUUCAAUUUGAAAGUCAAUUUCCUUGAGGUCUUAACUACAAAAAAAAAAAAAAAAAAAAAAAAAAAAGAUAUUAAAUAUAUACACUGUUAUUGUCAAGAAUAAACAGUUAAUAUAACACACACAGACCUUUUGUGACAACAUGCCCCAACAGUGUCACAGGGUGUCACAGUGGGAACCUGCCAUUAAAUAGCCUAUUAUAGGCUCUUCAGCUAAAUUCAAACUGUAAAACAAUUAUGAAGCCCAAAUUAUGAAGCAGCAAAAAUGUAAACGCUAACAUAAACAUCAAACCAUUAUUUUGGGUUUAUUAUUAUUAACAAAUUAUUAUUAUGGAAUUGUAUAAAAUUACAACAUUUAAAGCACAUCAGAGCAUAACCUGCUCCAACCUUGCAUUUAUGAAAAAUACUCUUGUCCUAUGAACACAUUUCAACCUUUUAGAGUGGUUUUAUUAUUAUGUUUACUUGUUUACCCACAAGCUAUAUACAGUUAAUAUGAUAUUUGAAAUUAUCCUCAAUAUAUAUAUAUAUAUAAAAAAUUGUUCUGAACUUAUUCUAAAACAGGUUUAAACUAGGUGUUCAACACCAAAAUACAAAGCACUGUUAGAAAAAACAAAAAUGUACACAAUUUUACAAAACCUUAAAACCUUAAAGUUACUGAAAUAAAGUUCUUGCAACAACUUCCCCAUGAGACAACUAACCCCAGUCUCCACUAUAUUAAAGUCUGAUGUCUUUCAUAUAAAUUGUUCAAUAAAUCAAACUACUGUAUUAAAUAAAUCCCAUUUAGAUGCUAUAUAAUGUAUAUUUUUGUAAAAGUAAACCGCAAUAAAAAAACACUGACAAAAUUUACAGUAAAUGUUUCAAGAAAAAUAGUUUCUUUUGCUCUUUGCUGGCAUGGGAGCUUCUCUAUUAUAAGGGCAUCACUGUAUCUCUCUAAGCCAUUUCCUUAAAAUCUAUCUGCGCUUUUUUUGGACUUGAACAUUGCAAUCGCGAUUUGCUGACAGGCCUUGCUGUGACCAUGUUGUGAGCUCACAUUCUUUUUGCAGCUCUGUCUGAUUGACUCCUGCCUCCCAAAAAAGCAAUGGCAUAAUAGGCUGUGGCUUUAUCCAUUGUCUCUCUGAUCCUGCUCUAAAGACCCCCCCAGCUGCCCACCAUAAUAGAUGAGCACUCACUCUUGGUUACAUCACUCCAAAGAUCACAGAAUCCUCUUUGAUGCACCAAAACUAGACAAAACCAGGAUUUUUACACAGUGAGUAGACUACCAGGAGGCCAUGAGCACAUUUGGCUACCGUUGAGAAUUGAGUAAGUACGAGGAUUUGGAUGAAGAUGAGCUGUUGGCCUCACUGACUGCUGAGGAGCUCCAGGAGCUGGAGAAGGAGUUGGUGGAUAUUGACCCUGAUGACAAUGUUCCCACUGGACUACGACAGAAAGAUCAGACAGCUAAGACUCCCACCGGAAUGUUCAGCCGGGAUGCUCUGAUGAAAUACUGGGAAAAUGAGACCCGAAAACUGCUGGAGGAGGGAAGGAUGGGAUCCACAAGCCCUAGACAGGUCAGAGAUCUACAAACUCGAGAACUACGACGACUUAAGCUUAAGGAGUUGAGAUGCUAUAUUCGUCUUUCCAGUUUGGCUAACAUUCGCUAAAAUGGCAAAGGAAGGAUCUGAAAAGUAGAGGGACACAUUAUGCCAUAGGUCUUUGAGAGGUGAUGAUUAUCUCCCUAAAAAGUUGUGGGACAGACACAGAAAAAGUGGGGGUGGAGGAUAUGCCAAAUGGCUAUGUCUCUGUUCAUUAUAAACAAAAGCAAAGUAGUGUCUCAAAAGCAAUUUCCCUUUGCUAGAGUUUCAAAUUAUUUUAAGUACACCAAAUAUUACACCUAUAUACACUCACCUAUAUUGGGUUACUGUCACCUUCCUGUCAGCUUGGACCAGUCAGGCCAUUCUCCUCUGACCUCAGAACUGCUGCUCGCUGGAUUUUUUUUUGUUUUUCGCAACAUUCUCUUUACACUCUAGAGACUGUUGUGUGUGAAAAUCCCAGGAGAUCAACAGUUAAAGAAACACUCAAACGAGCCCGUCUGGCACCAAAAAUCAUGCCACGGUCCAAAUCACUGAGAUCACAUUUUUUCCCCAUUCUGAUAGUUGAUGUGAGAAUUAAUUGAAGCUCCUGACCCAUAUCUGCAUGAUUUUAUACAUUACACUGCUGCCACACGAUUGGCUGAUUAGGUAUUCGCAUGAAUAAGUAGAUGUACAGGUGUACGUAACAAAGUGGCCGGUGAGUGUAUGUGAGGCCUCAAAAUAACACCAGGACCAAUGGUGCCAUUUUUUGUUUUUCUAACUAUCAUAUUUUGGGUUCCAGAAAGAUGAAGACACCAGAGAAGAGGAAUGUGUGACUGAGAGUGACACCGAAGAAUCUGAGGAGGAAAAAGAUGAGGCUGAAGAAAAUGAGAAAGAAAGACAAAAGUAUCAGAAAGUUGAAGAAGAACAAGAGAAAAGUGAACUUGAGGAGCCAGUGACAGAGGAAGAUGAAGGUGAAGAAGAGAACAGCACUAAAAUGGUACCUCCACUGGAUUGUACAAAUCAGCCUCAGCAGUGUUGGUCUUCCAAUGAUCAGUCCAAUCUGAGAAUGGUAGAGCCUGUAAGAUGACACUCUCCAAUAAUGGUUGAACAAAAAGUCCAGGUUCUGGAGCCCAGUCGCUUGGCAGGAAACCCCACUGUUGUGGAUGAAGUUCUGGAGAAGAUCCUCUACAAUGACCCAGAUAACACUGAGGUCAACCUCAACAACAUUGACAACAUCUCCCAAGAGACCCUUAUCUGCUUUACAGAGGCCUUGCGUUCCAACACGCAUGUACGCUUCUUUAGUCUCGCCAACACUCAUGCCAACGACUAGGUAGCUUUUUCCAUUGCCAAGAUGCUGAGAGACAACUGCCACAUCACGAAUCUUAACAUUGAGUCCAAUUUUAUUACAGGAAAAGGUAUCCUGGCACUGGUGCAAGCCCUAACAUGAAACUGUACUCUAACUGAACUCCGAUUUCACAACCAAUGGCACAUUUGUGGAGGUCAGGUGGAAAUGGAGAUUGUGAAGUUACUAAGGGAGAAUACCACACUGAUAAAGCUGGGAUACCAGUUCGACUUUCCCGGCCCUCGUAUAAGCAUGACGACCAUUCUCACCCGCAACCAGGACCUCCAAAGACAGAAGAGGAUGCAGGAGUUGCUUCAACAGCAAGGAGGUGCAGCGACACCCACAAACCCUCGAACCAUUGCCCUUCAGAAAAGUAUGACCACCCCUUCUCCUUACGGUUCCCCUCGGAGUUCACCAUGGUCAUCCCCAAAGGUGCCACGUAUUGAUAUAGCAAAGAAGAAUGCUGCUCCUGUUCCACCACCACCACCUCCUCCUCCUCCGUCUCCACCACCACCUCCUGCACCUAAAGCCACCAGGAUGAUCGCAGAGGUCAUCAUACAGCAAGAGAAGGCCUCCAAGAAACAACAGGGUCCCACCAAAUCUAGGUCAAAAAAAGGGAAAAAAUGGGCAGUGAAGCAAGCACAGACUAACAGCAUAUUAAAAAACCUAAAGAAUGCCUUGAGACCCAUCAAUGACAGGGAUAACUCCAGACCAUCCACUCCACAAAGCUGUGCUCAUGACGAACUCAUGAAUGCCAUCAGAGGCAGCAGCAUCAGAAAUCUCAGGAGGGUGGAGGUACCGCAGCAUCUUCGGCAACCAGAUAUUAAGACCUUGAACCAAGACAAGGAAAGGUCUGUACAUGAACUAGAAUAAAAUAUCUGUACAUGAACUAGAAUCAUUUUUCAUCAUGAAUGCAUUUAUCCUCUGAAGAAUUAUUUUUGGUGGGUAUGCAUUAAAUGUCUAAAGACAAUUGUGCAACUGACAAAUUCACAACACCUUUAUUAUUAUUAUUGCAGUAACAAGCAGUAUUUUCUGUAUUGAGAGUGUCCUGGAUAGUUGCACUGUAUUAGUUUUCCAUCUAUACUUAUUUUAAUAGUGCUGUUUUUUGUUGUAGUGAUUUUUAAAAGCAUUUUCAUUGUUUUUAAAGCAAAAUGGCAAUUCUUUAGCCAUUCUUUGUAUUUGUACUUCUACCUUGACUUGUAAAUGAUUUUUAACACAAGUUCAUGUUUGUAUAAAUGUAAAUAGUCUACUUGGUUUGAAAAAUGUAAUGCCAAUAAAUGUUAAUUGAUGACCUAGCUUCAAAAAGAA